AUGGAUUUCCCUGCUGGACGUGGUGGUGGUUGCUUCAACUGCGGCGAGGCUGCUCACCAGGCCAAGGACUGCCCCAAGAAGGGAAACCCCACUUGCUACAACUGCGGCGGCCGUGAAUGCCAGGAGCCCGCCAAGGAGAAGUCUUGCUACCGCUGCGGACAGACCGGUCACCUUUCCCGCGAGUGCCCCCAGGGUGGCGAGGGCAACUACGGCGGUGGUAGCCAAGAAUGCUACAAGUGCGGACAGGUCGGCCACAUCGCACGUCACUGCUCCCAGGGUGGUAACUACGGUGCCGGCAACGGCUCCGGAUACGGUGGUGGUUUCGGUGGUGGUUUCGGCGGCCCCGGUGGUCGCCAGCAGACCUGCUACUCUUGCGGUGGUUUCGGCCACAUGGCUCGUGACUGCACCCAGGGACAGAAGUGCUACAACUGCGGCGAGGUCGGCCACGUCUCCCGUGACUGCCCUACCGAGGCCAAGGGUGAGCGUAUGUGCUACAAGUGCAAGCAGCCCGGUCACGUCCAGUCUGCCUGCCCCAACUAA